AGCUGGGACCAUGUCAGCUCCUUGCCUGGACUUCGGGGAGGUGGAAAGUUUCCUGGACAGGCACCCAGAGCUUUUCGAAGACUAUUUGAUGAGAAAGGGGAGGCAGGAGCUGGUGCAGAAGUGGCUGAAGAAGCAUGGCCAAAAUCAGAGGGUCUCAGCCACAGGCCCCUUUGCUUCUGAGGCCAGGACCCGAAGCAGUGCUGCUGUUGCUGCUAGUGGUGGUACUUGCGGUGUCUCUGUCCAGCAGGGGUCUGUGAACAGUCAGCCCAGUCCAGGUGUGGGAGAUUGUAGCAACGUUCCCAUGAGUCCCAACUGGGCCGGUAGUAGCCGUGGAGGUGAUGGGGGCCUACAGCGGAGGGCUUCCCAGAAAGAGCUGAGAAAGAGCUUUGCCAGGUCCAAAGCCAUCCAUGUGAAUAGGACCUAUGAUGAGCAAGUGACAUCCAGGGCCCAAGAGCCACUGAGCAGUGUGAGGCGCAGGGCCCUGCUCCGAAAAGCCAGCUCCCUGCCUCCAACUACUGCCCACAUUCUCAGCGCCCUCCUGGAGUCUCGAGUCAACUUACCCCAAUAUCCUCCAACAGCUAUUGACUACAAGUGCCACCUUAAGCAGAACAAUGAACGCCAGUUCUUCUUGGAGCUGGUCAAGGAGAUUUCCAAUGACCUGGACCUCACCAGUCUCAGCUACAAGAUCCUCAUCUUCGUCUGCCUCAUGGUGGAUGCUGACCGAUGCUCCCUGUUCUUGGUGGAGGGGACAGCCUCAGGCAAGAAGAGCCUGGUCUCUAAGUUCUUUGAUGUGCAUGCUGGGACCCCAUUCCUUCCCUGCAGCAGCACUGAGAACUCUAAUGAGGUGCAGGUGCCUUGGGGAAAAGGCAUCAUUGGCUAUGUUGGGGAACAUGGGGAGACAGUCAACAUUCCUGAUGCUUACAAGGACCGAAGAUUCAAUGAUGAAAUUGACAAACUGACUGGAUACAAGACAAAGUCAUUGUUGUGUAUGCCGAUCAGAAACAGUGAUGGGGAGAUCAUUGGUGUAGCACAAGCAAUAAACAAAACUCCUGAGGGUGUUCCCUUCACUGAUGAUGACGAAAAGGUUAUGCAGAUGUAUCUCCCAUUUUGCGGGAUUGCCAUAGCUAAUGCUCAACUAUUUGCUGCCUCAAGAAAGGAAUAUGACAGAAGCAGGGCUCUGCUCGAGGUAGUUAAUGACCUCUUUGAAGAACAAACUGACCUGGAGAAAAUUGUUAAGAAAAUCAUGCACCGGGCCCAGACGCUGUUAAAAUGUGAGCGUUGUUCAGUCUUGCUCCUAGAGGACAUUGAAUCACCAGUGGUGAAGUUUACCAAAUCCUUUGAACUGAUGUCUCCCAAAUGCAGUGCUGAUGCAGAGAACAGUUUCAAAGACAGCAUGGAGAAAUCCUCUUAUUCAGACUGGCUCAUCAAUAAUAGCAUUGCUGAGCUGGUAGCUUCCACGGGCCUUCCAGUGAACAUUACUGAUGCUUAUCAGGAUCCUCGCUUGGAUGCCGAAGCUGACCAGAUAUCUGGCUUUCAUAUAAGAUCUGUGCUCUGUGUCCCUAUUUGGAACAGCAAUCACCAAAUAAUUGGGGUUGCUCAAGUCUUAAAUAGACUCGAUGGGAAACCUUUUGAUGAUGCUGAUCAACGACUUUUCGAGGCUUUUGUCAUUUUUUGUGGCCUUGGGAUCAACAACACAAUAAUGUAUGAUCAAGUAAAGAAGUCCUGGGCCAAGCAAUCUGUUGCUCUUGAUGUGCUGUCUUAUCAUGCAACAUGUUCAAAAGCUGAAGUUGACAAAUUUAAGGCGGCCAACAUCCCUCUGGUCUCAGAGCUUGCUAUUGAUGACAUACACUUUGAUGACUUUUCCCUUGAUGUUGAUGCCAUGGUCACUGCUGCUCUGCGGAUGUUCAUGGAGCUGGGGAUGGUGCAGAAAUUUAAAAUUGACUAUGAAACACUAUGUAGGUGGCUUCUUACAGUGAGAAAGAAUUAUCGAAUGGUACUGUACCACAACUGGAGACAUGCUUUCAAUGUGUGCCAGCUGAUGUUUGCGAUGCUAACCACGGCUGGGUUUCAGGAGAUUUUGACUGAGGUGGAAAUCUUAGCGGUGAUUGUGGGCUGCCUAUGUCAUGACCUCGACCACAGGGGAACCAACAAUGCCUUCCAAGCUAAGAGUGGAUCUGCAUUGGCUCAGCUUUAUGGAACUUCUGCUACCUUGGAGCACCAUCAUUUUAAUCAUGCCGUGAUGAUUCUGCAAAGUGAGGGUCACAACAUCUUUGCCAAUUUAUCUUCCAAGGAAUACAGUGACCUCAUGCAGCUUUUGAAGCAGUCCAUACUGGCAACAGACAUAACUCUGUAUUUUGAGAGGAGAACUGAAUUCUUUGAACUUGUCAGUAAAGGGGAUUACAACUGGAAUGUCAAAACUCAGCGUGAUAUAUUUCGAUCAAUGCUAAUGACAGCCUGUGACCUUGGAGCUGUGACCAAACCGUGGGAGAUCUCCAGACAGGUGGCUGAACUAGUAACCAAUGAGUUCUUUGAACAAGGAGACAGAGAGAGGGCUGAACUCAAACUCACCCCUUCAGCUAUUUUUGAUCGAAACCGAAAAGAUGAACUGCCUCGGUUACAAUUGGAAUGGAUUGAUAGCAUCUGCAUGCCUCUGUAUCAGGCCUUAGUAAAAGUAAAUGUGAAAUUGAAGCCCAUGCUGGAUUCUAUUGCUGUGAACAGGAGUAAAUGGGAAGAGCUGCACCAGAAAAUGUUGCUUUCUCAGACACCUCCACCUUCUUCCUCUUCCAGCCUCACUGUGUCAGUGGAAGAUAUCAAUUAAGCCUGCCUGCAUCGGUUGCCACUGCAAAAUGACUGGCUCUCAAAAGGCUCUCUUUCGCUUUGCCACAAUUUUUUUUUUAAAGCUGCCACAGACAAGCUUGAGGCACUGGAGAUGAUGCCAUUGGCUGGGAAGUGGCUUUCACCUUUGAGUUUAGUCAUUCUGAACAGCAAGUGGACCUGGAAUAAUACAGGAAGACAUAAGGCCCGGAGAAUGCCGUGGAUGGAGGAAGGGCCACCUUUCCACUGCUGCUGUACAGAGAAUAUCUAUACCACAGCAUGUAAAGCAGAAAAAAAAAGGGCACUGACACGAAGCAACAAUUAGAACACUGUUGGGUUGGUCAGUGCUCACACAGGAAGCUAAGGCAGUGCAGAAUUGUGGUGUUUUAUUUAUCUCGCCACUAUUUGUUAGAAGCUAAACACUGCCUGCUUUUCUGUUCUCUGCUUGCUUUUGCUGUUCUCCUUUUUACGCCAGAUUGUCCCAAGGACCCUCCUUUGUAUUCUACAGAAUUUUUUUUUUAGACAAUGAAGCUUCUUUGUGAUUGUUCAGGGCCUUUAGCAUAGCCAAUCUUGGCUAUCCUUAAAAAACAAACUUUAUUAUCCUUAGAAGUCUCAACUUGGGCCAGUUACAACCCCCCCCAAAGAAGUCUGUGGUAAGGAGGCAAUAAAUUUGUUUGGCCAGUGGAAGUUUAUAUAAAAGUAAUAACACUGCAUGGGGAUUGUGGGCCCUGCAUUCAGAGCAGCCCUAUUCAAUAUUCACAGUGGACUGUGCCUCCUCCCAAGAAGAGGAUUAACGGACUUUAAUUAAAGUAUGAAUGGAAAGGAAAUCUAUAGCUCUGAAGUUCACAAGCUGGAUUUAGCAUAAAUGGGUCAUGUUCUUUUUGGAAUUGUUUUUUCAGGAGAGGUAGGCAUUUCACAGGAAAUAGAAUGGGCCUGGUGUACCCUCUGACUGGGGCAUUGAGUACAUGGAGUUUUCUCACCGGUGAGUUUGUUUUGUCCUGGUAUAGCACAGAAGGCUAAGAAACAAGAGUCUGGGCAGCGAGCACACAUUCAACAGGAAAGAAUGAGGCCUGUUCAAUUUGACUAAGCCAGCUUUGUAAGCUACCAAAACACCUUGUCUUCAAAAUAUCCAGCUAUUUUGCAUGAGCUUUAAAAAUGAACUUCUGAACUGGCUGUAUGAUAAACUUUGAAGGAGGCUGGCUGUUUUGUCCACAGAACAAAGAAAAGCAUCUUGGAGGAUUGAGACUAGUAAAAGGCAAUGUGGUGUAGUGGAAAGAAGCCUGCUUCUAAAGUCAUAGGAUCCAGGUUCAAAUCUACCUUCUGAUAUAUGACCAUGGGCAAGUCAUUUAACAUCUGUGGGCUUCAGUUUCCUCAUCUGUAAAAUGAAGGGGUUCUACUAGACAGUCUAACUAGAACCCGUCUGAGUUCUAUUUUCUGUGUAAUCUUAGAUAAUUCAUUUAACCUCUGAGGGUCCAACUUUACCCACAUGUAAAAACAGAAUUUUGGACUGGUUAAGGUUAUUUUUAGUUCUAAAUCUGUGAUACUAGACAUGAAUUCUAGUCCUAGAAGAUGAGGUUCUUUCAGGACCUUGCACCCCAAUAUGGGUAAAAUGAAGGGGUGGGGCUGACUCAAGUCCCAUCUGGCUUGUAAUUUUACUUCUGCCCAUUUUCACCUUUACUGAUCAACACCACCUCUCCUCCAUUCCCUGAAUAUUACAGGGAAUAAAAAAUAAGAUAUAAGGGGAGAGGGAGAGCAGACAGUGGAGGAACUAGGUAAUACUCCUAAUGUAGCAAGAAAUUAAUUAAGGGGAGGCAGGUCUAUAUGAAGAGGCAAAUAAUAAAUUAUCUGUGUAGACCAGAGAGGUGACAAAGGAACUGUGGCCAAAGAGUAGCUGACAUUUACAUAGCACUUUAAGAUUGUAAAGCCUUUCCUCACAACACUGGGCACCAAGUAUCACUGUCACUAUUUUGCAGACAUGGAAAAUGAGGUUCACGGAAGGUGAAAACCAGAAUGGGAACCCAAGUCACUAUUUGAAAUCUGGGUCUCUUUCCACUAAAUCAUGAUAGAAGAAAAAAAGGGUAGGGGGAGGGUUAAGGCAGUGAAAACAAAGAGAAAGGAAAGACUGCCCUCAGACAGAAGGAGGAGAGGCUAUGUUACCAGAAAGCUCAGCACAAGAGAAAGGUUUAGAAAGGGAGGGGCUGUGUAGAGGAGAGAUGAGAAGCCUUAAAAAAAUAAUGCUUCUGACUAGCCUUUACAGCUUCCUCAGCAGAGAAGGAUUGAGAAACUAUAGGAGAAAAUGAGUGUAGAAAGAAGCCUCAAUAGAGUAGGUAAGAGGAGGUCAUUCAGAUUUAUGGGUUUUAUUAUGCCCGUUUUCUGAACUGCCUCGCUGUAAAGGAAAAUGGCUUCUUGCAGGGCUGUCUUACUUCCUCCAGGUAAGGAACAAAGGUGGGUGGGGUUAGAAACAGCCACCCCUAUCUCUGCUUUCUGAGGUACUGCAAGUGUUUAUGGGUAUUGUGCCACAUCAUAUUUACAUCACAAAAGGGAAUUGAAAAACACACCACGUGAGGCUGAAACAAACCCACAUCAGUUUUCCUCAAACACUACAAAUAAAUAGCCCAAAAGACUCUUGCAACUCCAUCUAAAGCAAAUUUAUAUAAGAUGUGUUUUAUGGUCAAAUGAUAAAAAAUAGAUCCCUAGUUUGACUUGAUACUGCAGGCAGGCAGUUCUGUGUACUGUAGCCUGAACAUUGAUGCUGCAUAUUGCUGAGUGUAACAUAAUUUAUAGGACAAACCCUACAGCCUCCACCAAGGUUGAGACUUUUUCCUCUCAUUUCCUCUCCUUUUUAUUGGCUUCACUGCACGGUUGCCAAUAGCAACAUCCACUGGUAGCAAGGGGAGUUCAACACCAUUGCAACCUGCCAUACAGUGGAGCCCUAACAAUGUCAACCAUCAAUCAUGUAGCUGUUUGUAAUUGCCUCCAUCUAUUUCUCCUGUCUUGAGGUAUCUCUCCUAUUGUGGGUCAAAAUUCAGAAACUGCUGACUAAUGCCAUGAGUCUGUUCCUCCAUGGCCAUAAAGCAGUGGAAAUGGAGUGUGGCAGGCUCCCCAACCUCAGUGACCCAGGAUUAAAUGUUGAAAUCUUGAAGUCUGUGAUAGGAAGAAAAAAAAAUCAUGAUGGCCUUAAGGUUUUUGGAAUAUUUGUUUUAUAAUUUUAAAAUAUAGUGAAAUUGGUGGUUGUUCUUUAGCCACCUUUUAAAAUGUAGGAGAUUAUGGAGGUGAAUUUCUUUUUAUUUAUGCCUUUUUUGUGUGUAUUUUAGUCAUUUCCACGAAUGACACCACCACCUAGCCACUGAACCUUCCCCAGUAACAAAGAAAAACAAUUCAGUGAAACCAGCUGUCAGGAUAUCUUGACAGUACAUACAACAUUCCAUACCCGCAGCCCUCUACCUCUCCAAAGAAAAGAAAGAGGUUACAUUUCUCUAGCAAAGAUUAGUCAUUACAGUUACUGAGACAUGCAAUUUCUACAACCUUUUAUUCUUGUUUAUUUGCUAGUUUAGAGGGAAUUGGUUUGAUUAAUAUGAAAGGGAUCAUUAUCAGGGUUUCUGUGGAGCCAAACGUGAGGGCAUCCAAAUAACUCCAUCUUACUUUCCCUAAAGAAUAGUUUAUUAUAUUAUUCCUGGUGGUAUGGCUGCACACUUUAACAUGAGACUGACUGUCAGCCAUGGUGCAGUAGGGACUCCAUCACAUGAUGGAAGAGCCACUAGAUUAGCAAUGAGAAAAAUCCAGGUUCUGGUCUGGCUCUGGCUUUAGUAGCAGAUUAACCUUGGGCAAGUUACUUCAUCUCUACUGUCCCCAGAUUCCUCCUCUGUAGAAUGACAGGGUUAGAUGAAAAGAUCGCUAAAGUUCCUUCUGACCUUUACAAUUCAUGGUUCUAGGUCACGUCUACAUUAACUCCAAGAGCAAGAUGGUCUUUUUCAUUGUACAUCAUGACAACAAUCACGUCUAUUAUUCAUUUGUUGAAAA